GGAGAGUUAAGACAAAUCUUUUGGCUGGAAUGGAGCAUCAUUUUCCUAACAUUGAGCGAAACCUUCUCUAUGCUACAGCCACUCUAUUAGACCCAAGAUUCAAAAAGGUGCCAUUUCAGAAUCAGGCGGCUCUAAAAGCGGCAGAAAAAGAAGUUGGACGUUUGGUCAGUGCAAGCCUUGCUGAAUCGCGCGCUACCGAUCGGGCUGCAUAUGAGGCAGCGAUGGAGGAGGGUGCCGAUGCUGACGCUGAUGUCGUUGUGGACCAGGACGACCCGUGGGCGGCAAUUGAUGAGCAGGUGCGGGAGUCGAAUAGAAAAGCAGAUGGUGACCGUGUGGGAGGGCUGCCGGUGGAACUGAAGCAAUUUUUGAACCGUCCGCCGGUCGACAGGAAGUCUAAUCCGAAUCCUCUUAAGUCGUGGCAAAGUCUGAAAGGGGAGUACCCGAAUGUGUGGCGCGCUGCCCUUAAAAUCUUUACCAUAGUUUGCUACCUCCGUCCCGUGCGAGCGGCUUUUUUCACAUGGUGGAAUAAUUGCCAACCAGCUAAGAUGCCGGUUGUCUGGACAUCACCUCGACAUGCUAGUCUUCCUCCGGAAAGUCACGCCGGAAGAAUGGUUUCAAGGUUUUGACAAGGCGCAUGGCCCUGGAUAGGGGUUUUGUUCAUAUUUUGCAUUCAUUCCUUUAACUACAAUUAUUGUUAAUUUUGUCAGGGCAAGAAGCCAGACUCAUUUGUUUUAAUAAGCAAUUUUGAAUCAUCCCAUUGCUGCAUUUAUUGCUAAUUUACACUUAAACUAUCGCCUUCCUACGCACAGACAAAAAAAUCGAGAAUCGAAUCGAAAAUCGAUUCUUUGGGGGAAAAAAUCGAUUUUUGGAAGAAUCGAUUCUUUUUUUUUCGAUUCCAGAAUCGACGAAUCGAAAAUCGACAUUGACUGAAAAUGUACCAACCCUAGUCAAAAUUGUCAAUGUUAAAGUUUUACAUUCAGCCCAAGCACAUUGAGUCUAAUUCAACCGGCUUGUGGUAUGUGUUUCUAAAGGUCAGAAUCUUUUGUUCUUCGCACCGAGGCUGGUGCGUAGUUACCAGGAGGGCCAGGGUAGCGAUUUGUCACUAUGUGCCCCCGCAACUAUGUGCCCCACCCUCCCUUCUUCACU